AUGUUGAAAAUUGCAUCGACACGCGCGGAGCUCCCAGGAGUGCAGCCUUUGACGCGUCUCAACGCGCCCGGCAACACCAUGGCGUGUAAAGGCCCUGGUACAGACGGCCCUCUACAGACAGCCCUUCUAGAAUCCACGUCUGCAGCCACAACAAGAGCUUCUGAAGGACAGAAGAUCUUCAGCCCCAUAGCUGCAUUCCUUGAUAAACACCGCAGUCAAACCACUGGCCUUGCUCCUCACCUACUGAGAGCCCUCACCGCCCUAAGCGAUGACCUCGCCUCGGUAGCUCAACAACAUUUCAACGCCUAUAUUAGUGGUAUCUCGACGACCUCCAUUCUACCUGCCCUGUCUCCUUCCCCUUCCUUUUCUCCCAUCCUAAAUCCCUUACCCCCUUCACCCCCUCCCUCACGUCCCCCCUCAGGUCUUAACCAGUCAACUUAUGCGACUAUUACCCAAUAUGCCCCGGUCAAAUUAACCCCCACUACUCACUCUAAAUCCCCUGUUAAAAAGCCUAUGCCUCUGGUAAAACAACCCCUUCCUGACAACCGGCUCUUCGUACGCCUCCUAGCUGACCAUGCAGCUAGAAAAAUGGAAGCCUACGCCAUCUACUCUAGCCUACGGUCUCAACUAAACUCAAACAGUGCAGUGCUAAAAGAAGUUCAAGCCACAAAGACUGGCUUCACACUAUGCCCCUCAUCUCCAGAAGCCCUCCUAGCCCUUGAGGCCCAAAAAGAGACUAUCUCUGCAUUCUUUGUUAACUGCCAGAUAGAACGCAGCUCCCGAUGGGUCUCAUACCGAGUCACCAAUGUGCCAAGAAAAAUUGGCCAAAUCUUGGAUGGCCGAUACUCUCUAAUCCCUAUCAAUCCUACACUACUAUCCUUAGAAAUCAGCGAAACUACUGGGCUCAAGCCUAUAUCUAUCAGCGAGACCGCUACAAGUGCCGCCAACCCUAAUACUCUUUCCUCAAGCUGGUUUGUCAACUUCCCAGAAGGCACGAAAUCACCACUGCCUAUCUAA